AUGUUGCUGUCUAAAGAUAUUGCAACAUGCAGCACUGCCGAAGAUCUGCGGACGGGAGAAAGAGUGGCAGUGAAGAAGUUUGGUCGCCCGUUCCAGAGCACUAUACAUGCCAAGAGGACUUACAGAGAGCUGAAGCUCCUGCGUACUUUGAAACAUCCAAAUGUAUUAGACAUGCUGGAUGUGUUUACUCCAGAUCCUGACGUAACUUUGUUAAAUAAUGUGUAA